CCCCUGCACGGGAUUUAUUCGACCAGACCGCGCUCAGUUCACCAUGCAGAGACCGAGCAGUGCGGGAACGGCAUUUUCCAUUGAUUCUUUGAUUGGUACUCCACAUCCCCGGCCGGGCCACCUGCUGUACACGGGCUACCCGAUGUUUAUGCCGUACCGACCGCUUAUGAUUCCACAAGCCCUGUCUCAUUCGUCAUUAUCGUCGGGUAUCCCUCCCUUGGCACCGCUGGCAUCGUUCGCGGGGCGUCUGACCAACACUUUUUGCGCGGGGUUGGGGCAGGGGAUGCCCUCCAUGGUGGCGCUCACCGCCACCCUGCCCAGUUUCUCGGACCCUCCAGAUAGUUUCUAUCCCCCGCAGGAGAUGCCGGGACCCCGGUUAGGCGCGGACGGGACGGGGAUGAACCGGCAGGAGAGCCCGCAUGACGAGCUCAAGGGUUCUGAAAUCCUCAAUUUCACGGAAACUUUUCAGGCGGUUGCAGGCGAAACCAAGCUCUACAGUUCAGAUGAUGAGAAACUGGACCUGAAAUCAGCGGAGGCCGCGUGCAGUGACAGGGAGGACAGUUCAGCCGACAGCGAGAACGAAAGCUUCUCCGACGGGAACACCUGCGCUUCAGCGUCCCAGAAAAGCAAACUCAAAGGCGGCUCACAGGACACGUUACCACCGGGCGGCUCGGCGGGAAAGAGCCGGAGGAGGCGGACUGCUUUCACUAGCGAACAGCUGCUGGAACUCGAGAAGGAGUUUCACUGUAAGAAGUAUCUGUCCCUCACCGAGCGCUCUCAGAUCGCGCACGCACUCAAACUCAGCGAGGUCCAGGUCAAAAUCUGGUUCCAGAACCGCAGAGCCAAAUGGAAACGGAUCAAAGCCGGGAACGUCAACAACAGAUCCGGGGAGCCCGUCCGGAACCCCAAAAUCGUGGUGCCCAUUCCCGUGCACGUCAACAGGUUCGCGGUUCGGAGUCAACAUCAACAGAUCGAACCGGGCAGCAGGCCAUGAACUCCUCAAUGAAAAUGACCCUGAACUCCUCAAACGAACAUUUACAUGACCCACGUUCCCACAGGUCAGGGGUCACACGCUACAGAUGCAUGAAGCACACCUAAAAGGAGAUCAUUCCAGUAUCUAGAAGGAUAUUCAGUGACUUUUAGGAGACACUUUGUCGACUUUCAAUUAAAAACA